GUUAUCUUUUUAAAAAUAUUUGAUGCAUUAAAAUAACUUUUUUGAAUGGUUUAGCUAUUGAAAGUAAUUUGUUAAAAUUUUCAUUUGCAAAUGAACAAUAACUCGAAGAAAUAUUUAUAAAAAUUCAUAGCAGCAUGUAAGAUACUCAAUUUUUUUUUAAUUGUGCGGCAAAAUUUUAUAGGUUAUUAAAUUUAAACCUGAAUUUAAAAACAAAAAAUAAUUUAAAAUGAGUGGAGAAUCUCAAAUUUCUAUAAUCGUUAAUGAUAUAUUGAAAGUAGAAGCAAUUGAAGAAGCUUUCAGCUGCGUCUUAGUUCAUAAUCUUAACAGUGAAACGGAAAAAAUAAAAGGAUGGCAAGCAGAAUUGAGUUCUGCGAUGUUGAAAUUGCCCGCAGAUCAACAAGAACUUGCAGUAAAACAGUUUCUAAUUUUAGCUGCUGGAAUGACAAAUCAUAAACGAUUGCAACUUUUACUUGGUCUCUUAGAGAAUUUAGUUGUCAAUAAUGUUUUACCAGCAAGAAUGGUGUGUGAAUCAAUUUUGAGCUGCGAUAAAUUAGUAUAUGAGCUCCAAGACUUUUGGGUUGAAUGUUUUACAUUGAUAAAAAAAAUAAUUGGUGGAGUAGAUUACAAAGGCGUACGAGAAGUAAUGAAAGGUUGUAUAGAAAAGGCUCAGACAAUUCCAGCAAAAUUAAAUGCUUCAGUACAGCCGCAACUUAAAACUCUCGAACACGUAUUUGAAAAUAUAUUUGAUAGAAGUGCUUGUCUUUUACCAAGUUAUUUUAUUGUAACUGAAAUUCAAAAAGUAUAUCCGGAGAAUAAAAAUUGGCCUCAUUGGAAGUUAGCAAGACUUAUGUCAAGUUUCGUCGAGAGUUUUCGUCCAGUAGCACAAAUGGUAUCAAUAAUAGGGCAUUCAAAAAUGCUUCCAGUUGUCGAGCAUACAGGAUAUGCUGACCAUUUGAUAAAUCCCUGGUUAUUGGAUCCAACAUCAUUAAAGUUUUCCCUCAAAGGAAAUCUUCCUUAUGACGCUGAACUGCUGAAACCUCAAACAGAUUUACUUCGUUACGUUUUAGAACAGCCUUAUAGUCGUGAUAUGGUUUGUUCAAUGCUCGGUCUUCAAAAGCAACACAAACAACGAUGUGUAGCAUUGGAAGAACAAAUGGUAGAGCUUGUUAUUCUUGCAAUGGAGAGAUCCGAAAAUGAUACCACACAGUCAACCGAAGGAAUUGAUGGAACUGUAGCGAAUCACUGGGUAUGGUUACACCUUUCAUCUCAAUUAAUUUACUUUAUUCUCUUUCAAUUCGCUUGUUUUCCAAGCAUUGUAAUGGCAAUUCAUGAAAAACUUGCGGCAAGAGAUUUACGAAAAGGUAGAGAUCAUUUAAUGUGGGUACUACUACAAUUUAUUUCUGGAAGCAUUCAGCGAAAUCCUUUGGCUAAUUUUUUACCAGUAUUGAAACUUUAUGAUCUUUUAUACCCAGAAAAAGAGCCACUUCCUGUACCAGAUUUCAAUCAAGCUCUUUGUACUCAUCAAAUGGCUAUGACGUGUAUAUGGAUUCACUUAUUAAAGAAAGCGCAAUUGGAGCAUGCUAAUAUUCAUCGACCAAUUCCUAUAGCAUUGAAAAAUCAUCACGAAUUUCUUCAACACUUGGUUAUGCCGAACUCGUCACUUUGUAUGGGACCAGACUAUAGAAUUGCUCUUCUUUGCAAUGCUUACUCUACUUAUCAAGAAUAUUUUAGCAGACCUAUGGCUACGCUUGUUGACACAGUUUUGGGUACGCAGAAGAGCCAGCCACAACAACCAUUACCAACAAAUUUACAGAAUAAUGCAGCUCUAGCAACAGGACCAAUUACUCCUCUAUCUAUGUCGAUUCUUGACUCUCUGACAGUACAUUCCAAGAUGAGCCUCAUUCACAGUAUUGUUACUCAUGUUAUAAAACUAGCACAGUCAAAAAGUAACAUGCCGUUAGCACCUGCUCUUGUAGAAACUUACAGUAGACUUUUAGUUUAUACUGAGAUAGAAAGUCUUGGAAUAAAAGGAUUUAUAAGUCAGUUACUGCCUCAAGUAUUCAAAUCUCACGCUUGGGGAACUUUGUAUACACUAUUGGAAAUGUUCAGCUAUAGGAUGCAUCAUAUUCAGCCUCAUUACAGAGUUCAAAUACUUUCUCAUCUUCACAGUCUAGCUGCAGUACCUCAGACAAAUCAAACUCAAUUGCAUUUAUGUGUUGAAAGUACGGCUUUGAGAAUGAUAACAGGUUUAGGAUCAUCUGAAGUUCAGCCUCAACUGUCUAGAUUUUUAUCUGAGCCAAAAACUUUAGUGUCUUCGGAAUCAGAAGAACUCAAUCGUGCUUUAGUGCUUACUCUUGCCAGGUCAAUGCACAUUACAAGUACUGGUGCAGAUUCUUUGAGUGGAACGUGGUGUAAAGAAUUAUUAAAUACUAUUAUGCAAAAUACUCCUCAUUCAUGGGCAAACCAUACGCUCCAAUGCUUUCCUCCAGUGCUAAGUGAAUUUUUCCAACAGAAUAGUGUUCCUUGGGAGAAUAAACAGCAAAUAAAAAAAGCGGUUGAAGAAGAAUACAGAAAUUGGGCAUCCAUGAGCAAUGAAAAUGAUAUAAUUGCUCAUUUUUCAGUACCAGGUACUCCGCCAUUGUUUCUCUGUCUUUUAUGGAAAAUGAUUCUUGAAACGGACAGAAUAAGUCCGAUCGCUUAUAAAAUUUUAGAACGAAUAGGUGCCAGAGCUUUAUCCGCUCAUUUACGAAAGUUUUGUGAUUAUUUGGUGUUUGAAUUUGCUAAUAGUGUUGGAGGAGGACAACAUGUCAACAAAUGUGUUGACACAAUAAAUCAUAUGAUUUGGAAAUAUAAUAUUGUAACCAUUGAUCGACUUGUAUUGUGUUUAGCCUUAAGAACUCAAGAGGGUAAUGAAGCACAAGUUUGUUUCUUCAUUAUUCAAUUAUUGUUACUAAAAGCUGCUGAAUUUCGUAAUCGAGUUCAAGAGUUUGUUAAGGAAAACUCACCGGAGCAUUGGAAGCAAUCCAAUUGGCAUGAAAAACAUUUAGCGUUCCAUCGGAAAUUUCCAGAGACUUUUGCGCCAGAAGGAAUAAUGGAUCAAACAAGCGGUGGCCCAAGUCAAUAUCAAAGCUUACCUGUUUAUUUUGGUAACGUUUGUUUGAGAUUUUUGCCUGUUUUUGACAUUGUUGUACAUAAAUUCUUAGAGAUUCCUCAAGUAAGUAAAAGUUUAGAAAUUCUUUUAGAUCAUUUAGGAUGUCUAUAUAAAUUUCACGAUCGCCCUGUUACUUAUUUAUACAAUACCCUUCAUUACUAUGAAAAUAAAUUGCGCGAUCGGCCGUCUUUGAAGCGACGCCUGGUCGCUGCUGUGCUUGGAUCGCUGAGAGAAAUUAGAGCACCUACUUGGGCUUUAUCUGAACCUUUUUUACAUUAUAUGACACGAUCUCCUGAUGAAGCUGUCUCUUGGAUUCCGGAAUUAGAUUAUUAUAUUCGUUUAGUCAGAAGAAUGGUUGAAACAAUGGCAGGAAUGCCGCACUUCCCAUCAGUUGACUGGAGAUUCAAUGAAUUUCCAAAUCCUGCGGCACAUGUUCUGUAUGUGACAUGUGUUGAAUUAAUGGCAGUUCCUGUUGCGCCAAAUCUUGUUGCUGACAGUCUUUUAGAUGUCGUUGCUAAAGGAUACACCGUUAUAGCUCCAAAAGAGAUUCAUCUGUGGAUUAAUUGCGUUGGGUUGCUUAUGACAGCAUUACCUGAAUGCUAUUGGACUGCUUUUUAUGAUCGUAUUGUUGAAACUGUUAACAGUCCGGGAUUAGAAAAAUGGCAGUAUAAUAAUCUUACACCAUUUCAAAUGUUUAAUUUUGAUAAUACACAUAAUUGUUUGAUGGAAAAUAAGUAUUCUUAUAUGUUAGCCAUCGCUCAUUCAAUAUGGCAUCAUGCUGGUGUUGGACAAAUAACUACUAUGCCGCAACUUAUCAAAGAAAAACUCCAGCCCGUUGUCAAUAGUGAAGAGCAAUUAAUAUUUGCUUGUCACUUAAUUGGACCUACUUUGGCGCGAUUCAAUGUAGAACGACCGCGUUGUAUAGUCGAAUUAUCAGUAAGUUUAUACGAAAUGUUAGAACAAGUCGAUAAAACUCAAACUACCCUUAAAUAUAUGGAUCCAGUUUGUGAUCUUCUUUAUCAUAUUAAAUAUAUGUUCGUUGGAGAUAUGAUGAAAACUGACGUAGAGUGUAUUAUUCGAAGACUUAGACCAGCAUUGCAAAUGAGGCUUAGGUUUAUUGCUCAUUUAAGUAUCGAUGAAAUUAACUCAAAUUAAUUAUGUAUCAUAUAGAUUUAGUUUUUUUAAAUAAUAUUGUAUUAAACGUAAACUAAGAAAAUUUUAUUCAGUGUUUUCUUACUCUAUUUUAAUUAAAAUUCAUUGUUCAGUUGAUAAAUAAUUUAAAUUGUAAUAAAUUAAAAAAUAUUAAAUUAUAUAUAUUUCUAUUGUA